AUGUUGUCACCGCAAAAAGGGAGCACUGAUUGGCCACCGUAUUCAGCACGCAACUAUUCAGUGACACCGCUAGGGUCGCGCUCUGGUUUGAUACAGUGGGUCGAGGGUGCAACGCCAAUGUUUCAUGUUUAUCGCAAAUGGCAAUUGAGACAGGCAGCUCGUAAACAGACGACGUCCUCAGCAAAAGGGGCGAAUGAAGCCGAGAGACCAAGUGAACUGUUCUUCAAGAAGCUGAAAGCUGCAUUCAAUUCUAAUUGUAUCGCCGGAGAUACUCUGACCGAUCGGCAAAAAUGGCCAUUGGCAAUACUGGAAAAUGUUUUAGAGGAAUUGAUCAAGGAGACACCUCGUGAUUUGCUGUCAAGGUGGGCAUUUUUGUUCUGA